AGCAAAACAAAGUAAGAGGAGAGGAGCAGAACAGAAGCUGGCUGGGUGGGAGUGAAAAAGCGGAUGGCCAAGUCAAUAUCAGAUUACCUAUUUGUUGCAUCUCAUGGACACGUGUUGGCACUGGAUAGAGAGAUAGGAGAAACGGUGUGGAAGGUAAAGCUUCGGAACACGGGUUGGAGAAGACGGUAUGUUGUGUCGCUGUUCCCGGUGGAGACGGAGAGCCUGCUCAUCUGUGGCUGCCAUGGGAAGAUCAUCGCCUUGAGCAUGAAUGUGGGCCAGGAGAUAUGGAGGAACCGACUCCCCAAGCUUGGCUAUGGGGACAUCGCCAUCCACAUGCCAAAUCAGCCAUGUCCGAGUAGGUCGGGGCUUUCUGUCGGCGUUGCCUCUGGACGAGAGUAUGGACGUCCGGCGUACUACGGAUCGAGACACUCUUUCUCUGAUGAUGUGAUAAUGCAACGCCCCCUAACUGCAAUCUCCACCGCCGCAUCGGCCCUGUCCACGCCGCCCACUAUCAAGGAGGACGGCUCAGGUGUCGGCAGCACUCUCCCUGGCCUCUCGGAUCUUGUCUUCGUUGGCACAUACGGACAUGUCGCGGCCAUUGAUGUCACCAAUGACGGCAAGACUGUGUGGAGCUAUAGUCUUCCCUGGACAGGCUAUGGUGUCGUCAACACUCUUCUGGAGGGCGGGAAGCUCUUUGUGGGCUGCGGCGGGCGUGUCUUUGCACUGGACCCUCUCUCGGGGAAAGAGAUAUGGCGAAAUGUGCUCCCCGGAUUACGCCGCGGUUUUGUGACGCUGGCCACCAGCACAUCGUGGACGGGUGAUGUCGUCCCACCAUUCAGCCAUAUGCUUUUGAAUUCAACCGCAAGUUACUUGGGUGUAAGGCCACAGGGGAAUGUCUCAAGGGUGGGAGGGGGAGGGGGAGGGGGAGGGGGAGGGGUAGGAGUUUCCACUCCUUCAACAGGCAGUCCUGCUCCAGCCAUGUGAAGAAAGGCAGGCCUUCUAUUUACCCCCCCUUUCUUUACGUUUGUUCGAUCUUUACCCUUCCUCUAUUUUUCCCUUUCCUCUUUUUUUAAAAGUUUUUUUUUUUUUUUUUUUUGCUUUCUAUUUUGGAUUCGCCCCCCCCUUUCUCAACAAAGUCAUUGUUGGAUCCACAUAUUGAUGCUAUUAAGAUUCAUUGAAUCCAUCAAGCAGGCAGGUUUUCCGCAGCACAGAUUCAUUUCCUCCACACACGAUUGCCGGCACUUUUGGUGAAACCGAGCACCCAUGGGUUGUGUUACCUUAUGCCGAAAUGCACUUGCGGUGAAACCGAACACCCACGGAUUGUGUUAUGUUACACCGAAAUGCGCGUUGAAAGUUGAAAAGCACUUGCGGCGAAACUGAGCACCCAUGGGUUGUGUUGCAUUACACCGAAAUGUGUGUCACGGUGAAACCGAGCAAACAUGGGUUGUGUUACGUUACACCAAGAUGCGCGUGGAAAAGCAUGUCCGGUCAAACCGAGCGACUAUUGCAGAUCAUAUAUUUACGUAUUAGAUGCCGUACUUCGCUGCUGACUAUUGACAGAAGGGAGGGGUGGAACAGAUGACCGGAUGAUACGGACCGGCGACCAAUGCGAUCAUCACCAUGAUCUGUUGGUUUUGCCAGCUGUUUUCUUAUUUCUUUGUUUUUUUUUUUGCCUUUCAUUUCAUCAAUUGAUUUGUUUGCAUUACUUUGUACCUAUGUAGGUUGAAUUUGCGUUUCUGGUCAAGUCGCAGAGCCAGAUUCAGGAGCAGGCAGCAUAGCAUAGUAGAAACUCUGUUGACAAGGACACAGUUUGCUUGACAAAGGGCAUGGAGAGGUGCAGGUGGUUGACGCACCCGCGACGAGGGUCUACAAGAGACUAAGCACAGUAAAGUAGCCCGGCAAUU